AUGGCCGAGAAGUUUCGUUCAGGCCUUAGGCAUGAGAUCAAGAUGGCGCUUGCUGGUCAUGGUAAUCUCACCCACUCUGAGGCACUUAGCAGAGCCUUGGAUGUUGAAGCAGCCAUGCCUGAAGACCGCCCAACCCAGACUCAAGCUUCAGGAAACAACGAUCGUGGGAAGAGAAAAUGGGAUGGACGACCAGUCAAUCCAGGAUCAGCUGGAAACAAUCAAGGCCAGCUCAGGGCACCUUUGUGUCCCAAAUGCUCCAAGUCACAUCACGGCAUAUGCUUGGCUGGCAGCAAUACCUGCUUUAAGUGUGGCCAGAAGGGCCAUUUUGCCAGAGACUGCCAAGGAAAACCUCAAGGAGGAAUGAGAGGGCCAAAUCAGCCGAGCCAAGUACAACCACUCAGGGCUAUUCAAGGCCAACAACUACUCUACCCACCACCACAGCAACAACAUCGACCUGCGAUACGUCCACCGCAAAUUCCACAGGCAAGAGCCUAUGCCUUGCACAAGAAUAAGCAAGGAAACAACCAAGGGAAUUUGGCAGGAAGGGACGCUUUGAGUUUCCACGGAAUAUGCAGGAGGAACAGAGUGCCGACUAUUUCAGCUUUACAGGCAAGGAAGAUGAUGAACAAGAAAGACUGCCAAGCCUUCCUCGUAUACCUGAACGGGGGAAUUGAGACCAAAAAGACAAUGGAAGAUGUAGAGAUCGUGCGGGAUUUUCAAGAUGUUUUCCCAGAAAAUUUGCCAGGAUUACCACCUGACAGACAAGUAGAAUUCACCAUCGAUCUAGAGCCAGGAGCGGCGCCGGUAUCAAAAGCACCGUACAGAAUGGGCCCGAAGGAAUUGGAAGAGUUGAAAAUCCAGUUACAAGAGUUGCUGGACCUAGGCUUCAUCAGGCCUAGUGUGUCCCCAUGGGGAGCGCCGGUGCUGUUUGUCAAGAAGAAAGAUGGAACCUUGAGAUUGUGCAUCGAUUAUCGAGAGCUGAACAAGCUAACGCUUAAGAACAAGUAUCCAUUGCCUAGAAUUGAUGAUUUAUUCGACCAACUCAAGGGCGCGAGUGUUUUCUCCAAAAUCGAUUUGAAGUCUGGGUAUCAUCAGUUAAAGGUUAGACAUGAAGAUAUACCCAAAACGGCUUUCCGAACAAGAUAUGGUCACUACGAGUUCGUAGUUGUACCGUUCGGACUAACAAAUGCACCAGCUGUGUUCAUGGACCUCAUGAACAGAGUAUUUCAUCCUUAUUUGGAUAAAUUCGCCUUGGUGUUUAUUGAUGAUAUCCUCAUUUACUCCAAGAAUGAAGAAGAACACAGGGAACAUCUGAGAACUGUUUUGCAAACUCUUAGGGAUGAACGCCUUUAUGCCAAAUUCAACAAAUGUGAGUUUUGGCUCAAAGAAGUUACAUUUCUGGGACAUAUUGUAUCUUCAGAAGGUAUUAAGGUGGACCCCGCCAAAGUGGAAGCAGUACAAGGAUGGAAGUCGCCAACUACCCCAAACGAGAUCAGAAGUUUCUUGGGAUUGGCUGGCUACUAUCGAAGAUUCAUUGAGGGAUUUUCCAAGAUAGCAAGGCCGAUGACGCAAUUGCUCCGAAAGGGAAUUAAAUACACAUGGACUAACGAGUGUGAAGAAAGUUUUCAGUUGCUCAAGGAAAAGCUAACUACAGCGCCAGUGCUAACAAUUCCGGAACCAGACAAGGAGUAUGUGGUCUACACAGAUGCAUCAAAGAACGGACUAGGAUGCGUUUUGAUGCAGGAAGGCAAAGAAGAAGAGCUCAUACGAGAAUUUGAUAGGAUGAAAUUAGAGGUGAUAAACCCACCUGCUACAAUAGCGGGGGUGGUCGCGAUUAUACCGAAUUUGAGGAAAUUGGUGGUAGAAGCUCAAAGGAAGGAUGAUGAAUUGGAGAAAUUACGAGCUAAGAUAAGAGAAGGAAAUCUUAAGAACUACCACGAAGAAGCCGAUAAUGCUAUUUUCUUUUAG